CGCAUCCCUGUCGUGAACCGUAUCAGGGUACAUGUACCAGUACUACUGCUGCCAACCACUACCAUUUCGCACGACCACAGGGUCCUUGCAUGCAGCCCAGGUUACCUUGGUAGAUCGUAAGCAUCGCCUAAUCGGCGCCACGAGGGACACACAUGGCUUGGAGCAACAACCCUGCGGGCCAUAGAUUUACGCCUAUCACCUCUGGCCGUGCCGUGCUCGCCGUAUUCGCGCCGACCAGGUUCAUCGCGUAAGCUGCAGGCAGGAUUGGGCAUGUAGGAACAUAUUCUGAUUCGCAUCCCCACGCAUAUGAUGGGAGUCGUGAUAUAUACCAGGGCCGGGAUCGACAUAGUCCGCUUCCCCAUUCCAUUCGGUUUCCAUUUCCUGAAGACAGCCUCGAGUCUUCAACAAAGCCUGCAAGAUGCCUUUCUACGAUGACGGGCUCCUAAGCUCUGACAGCUACUUUGCAUUCGCUUCGGCUGAAGGGUUUGCUCCGCCAGGCAGCGAUACAACAUGGCAGCCUCCGCCCGACACGGACACCGACAUGUCGCAGAUGCCGACAUCGAUGACAUUACCGAUGUUCGACACCGACUCUGCGAUGACAGACUUCACAAUGGUCGAUGACCUGACUUUGCGACUACCUUCGGAUACGAUCUCCAGCGAUGUCCUGCUCAGUUCAGACAUCGACAUAUGGACACCUCUAGACUUCUCCAAGCAUGAUCCCGCACAAUACUCAGCAUGGUUCCCUGAGGUCACGGGUCGAACAGCGUCGUCCUCGUCGUCAUCUUCGUUAUCUGGGAGAGUCCACAGCUCAUCCUCGACCUCGCCUUCUCCACGGAUAGCUCCCUCUUUGUCGAGGCAUUCUUCGUCUGAUCAAUCACAAGCACAGCACUGUAGAUCACAGCAGCUUCAUUCCGAGACAUGCCUCACAAUCGCUCUUCGAGCACUCACGACUCUACAUAUGGCUCAAUCGACCUGUCUCGGCGCCAACGACAUUAAUCAGAUCGUUCAGCCAGCUCGCAAAAUGGAAACCGUACUGUCGACGAACAGAGAUGUUGUCCAAUGUCUACGUUCAAUCCUCGCAUGCCCGUGUGCCGCCAAAUCGCUGGUGCAACUCCAACUUCUGAGCAUUUGCGGCAACCUCACUGUUUGGAAUAGCGCCAUGAUCACCGCUUAUCUGGAAUCCGAAGACGAGUCCUCAGAUGCUUUAAAUAGCAGCGCAUCGCCCACCUCCCAACGGAAUAGUUCGGCGCGAGUCCAAUGCCAGCCUAUCACGAUCGGCCAUCAUCAGAUCGACGGCAAACUAGGUCGAGCGAUCUAUGCCCAAGUCAUGACUGGGGAGCUCAACGCGAUUGAGGGGCUCGUUGACUCUCUGGCACAACGGUUUUGCGAAAUCCCCGCCGAUCAAUUCAUGACUCUGCGAGGAUCUCCGGAAGGUCUUCCAAACAGUGUGCAUCAGAAUCUCACCUCCUCUCUACGCAAUCGGCUGCAUAACGCACGUGCGCAGAUCUUCGCCUUGGCGUAAAUAGCUUUUCUGGGCUGUCGCCAAGCACGGUGCGUCUCGCUUGCGUGCUUGCUUGCUUGCAUUAUGGGUGGGAGGGGGCAUGAGGCCUGGCCCCAUCAUUAGGAAGCUAUCUCACUGGUACUUUUAUGUUUCAUCAUCACCAUACUGUGAUACCCAUCCGCUUCGGAUUUUCUUUCCAGGUCGAGUUCAUUGGUGAAUGCAAUAUCACGAGGAAAAAUGACAUUCUGAUUUACUUUCUAUGAAUCCGAUUCAGAUCGAUAUUUGGCGAUUUUAUUUGUCGUCCAGGGCAUGAGGCGUGAGCAUUACGAUUUUAUGACGACCAGAUUUUAGUAUAGAUACUCUUGCAGAAUACCCA